AUGGGUGGUAUCCCCUCGGAGGCGGUUGCGAUAUCAGCAGUUGUACUUACCUACUCAUUGAUAUGUUUGAUUUCGAGCACCUUAUUAACGUUACUGCUUUGGGCCUACGGAGAAAGAUUUACUUAUGUGAUGAUCUUUUCAAGCUUCACAUCAAUCGCGACGUUAGGAUCUUUUAUUCAGCAAAUACAUUAUGCGGUUGAUUGGUCAAUUAUCAAGCACGCGCAGUUUGACCAAGCUGUCAAAAGUUUGAGUCACCCAGGACUUGCCUUUGGCGGAGCUGCUGAGAAAACAGAUGUGAUUCUUUUCUACAUUCAAUUCUUUUGUUAUAAUGCAAUGGCAUUGAAUAUAUUAUUCUGGGCUGUAACCUUAGUCAUAGGCGCGUGGAAUGUCCGAGUCAACAGCUUUUUGAUCUGGAACAGCCACAUGCCAAUCGUAUCUAAAAUCUUCACUGUAAUUUUUCCACUUGUAACUAUAGGCCUCAUGCAAGUCAGGCCAAUCCUCGAUAGCGUUCCGCUAUUCUUUAUCGUCUCUAAUUUUACCUUGCUCUUUAGUAUGCUGGCAGGAACAGUUUGCCUGCUCUUGACUCUGUAUAAAUAUGUUAAGACAAGGCGUCUGGUGGCAGGUUCUAGAAACAGGGGAGCUUGGUGGGCUUCUGGGGGCUCGAAAGGAUCAAGAGCGCCUAAUAUUAGCACCCCAGGAACAACCCAAUCUUCUGCGGCUGAAGAAUCCCGAAGAUCAAUAUAUGAUAGAGCACUUAUAACUCGUUUCACUAUUGGGAUUUUUGAAGUUGCCAUCAUUGUUUUCAAUCUAGUUCAGCUCCGCACCAACACUUCCUUAGCAGCAGAAGGUAAACCGAAUCUGGCAACAUCCGGCGCGAUAGCGGAUAUUCUGUUCUUUAUUCCUGGGGUCACCGCGAGCCUUGUCGCAUUCCUUGUGUUUGGAACAACGAAGUCCUGGCGACAAUAUUGGGGUCUGGUUACAAGCGUCUGUGGUAUUCGAACAAUGGUCAUACAGAGGAGAGCCGCGCGACGAGAAGCGAGUACACCAGAUCAGAGUCUCGAAUUUCAGCGCCUACCGAGUAUUACACGACAUCCUUCUGAAGAGGAAAGAGCUCGCACACUUGAAGCCGAAAACCGCGUGAGGAUAUAUUCGCAGUUACCAGAAAACACAAACACCCCUCAACUGGCACCCAGCAUAAAGUCUAAGCUGCCAUCCAUACAUGUUUCUGAAGUGGAAGGAGAAUCAUCCCGAGGACGCGAUUUCCGGCAGCAAUUUCCUCUGCCGCCAUCAAACAGCAGUGCUUCGUUUAGAACUGCGGAACUCCACACUCAAAUUCCUCAUAAUGAUCUUGUGGUUCAACGCGAACACUCCGUGGAAGAUGAGGAAUCAGGGCCCGGUCACCAGCAGGGCAUCUUUGUAGAACGAAGAUACUUUGUAGAGAGCUCUCCGCGUGAACAGCGGAGAAGGACAGCAUUUCUGGAAGAUUCAAGCGACUGA